AUGGAAAAUGAAGAAGCAGAAAGAGCCUACAGAGAAGCAAAUAAAGAAGCGAAGAGGUCAGUAGCACAAGCGAAAGCUAGAGCAAGGGAAGACAUGAACGAUAAAUUGGAAACCAAGGAAGGUGAGAAGAGGAUAUUUGCACUAGCAAGACAGAGAGAGAAGUCAACAAAGGAUUUUACGCAUAUCAAGCAGGUUAAAAAUAAGGAAGGAAGAGUUCUAAUUGAUAACAAUGAAGUAAGAGAGCGAUGGAAAGAAUAUUUCAAGGCACUUUUGAAUGAGGAAAACGCAAGAGGAGUAUUGGAGGAUGGGGAACCAAAUGACAGGAGAACAACAGCAGUUUCAAGGGAGGAAGUCAAACAAGCAUUGAGGAGGAUGAACGAUGGGGAGACAACAGAGCCGGAUAACAUACCUGUAGAGGUGUGGAAGAGUUUAGAAGAGGAAGGACUUGAGUGGCUGUGCUGA